UCUUGGAAUUUAUAAAAAUAUUUUCGUAAUUACCGCCACGAGUAUAUAUUUAAAAUUAUCGAUUGUAUUGAUCGAGUUUAGUUUGCGCAAGUAUCGAUAGGUGACGCAUCAGGCGUCCAUCAUGGCAGUCAGUAGGAAAUGCGUCUCUGCUCCGAGUAGUCGGUAGUGCCUUUGGUUUUUUUUUCUGUUAUUCUUUUCAAUUAUUGUUUAAUGCAUUAUGUUAAUUUAAAUUAAUUAUAAUUUGUUAUCUUUACGAGAAAAUAACGUAAGAGUGAAUGUGAAAAAUGAACAAUGCGAAAGUGAAAACUACAAGAGAUUGUUCGGACCAUUUUGGAGACCAUGGAGGAUAUUUCGAUGUUGCUAUACGACCGAUGUUACAACAGGGUCACGAAGGAGAGUUAUGCGGUUGGUUAAAAGAAAUGAGUUUGAUUCGUACGGUUUCAAAUUGUCCUCAUUUAAAUUGUAAAGGAAAAAGUUUAGUUUGGAAUCCUGCCAGAAUAGUAGAUAAAUAUAACUGGACUUGUCCUCAUUGUGCCAAAAAACAAUCUAUCAGAGAGGAGUCAUUCUUUUUAGGAAUUAAAUGUGAUUUAAAAUUGUGUCUUCAAUUGAUAUUUGGUUGGUGUCAACAGAUUUCUUACGAAGAUGCUGCUUCCUAUCUCGAUAUUAAAACUCAUAUAGUUAAGAAAGUAUACGAAAGAUGCGACGAAGUUUCAGAAACUUAUGUUAUGAGUCAUCCGGAAGAUUGGAUGUUGGGGGAUAAGAGUGCAAUAGUUAUCGUUGAUGAAUUUCCAGGGGGUUGUAUGGUUAGAAAUUAUGUAGAUACAAGUUCUAAUAGAAAACGUAACAAUAAUUCUCAUACUAUAGUUUGUAUAGUUGAAGCAAAUACUAUGCCACCACGUAUGUGGUUGCACAUGAUAGAAGCAAUACCAGAGCCUAUCAAAAUGGAGAAUAACAAAAAGGAUGUUGGUAGAUGUAAUAUGGUGAAAGAGGCCUUAAACGAAAUAACACGUCACACGGUACCUGGAACUUGCAUUAUAGCUAAUAGUAAAGCUCGUUGCUGCAGUUAUGAAUCGUUGUUAGAAUUAAAGCAAUAUACAGUUAUUAGUGUUGAACACUUACAAAAGUUCGAUCCACCAGGAAAAACAAAACUUCUGGAUAAUUUAGAAACUAUUUGGCAAACGGCUGUAGAAAUAUGCGAAGAAAUUCAAGAGACUACGCAUACGUUAGGUCAACAUGUAAUAUCAAGGUAUUUAUGGAGACAAAGAUUUGGUUCUUCUCCUUCAACAGCAUUUCAACAUAUGUUAAAUCAUAUUGCUGAAUGUUUUCGAUUUAAAUGAAUUCGAAUGAUCU